CUCGGUACUACGCCGCGUUUCCCCGCAUCCACUCCCUUGAACAUGCGACCCAAAGCUGGGAAAGCUAGGAAAGCUGGGGUAAAAACAGUGGACUCCAAAACGGCCUAAACCAAGUGGCAAUAUGAACGGCUGGAGAAGAUCAUCCCGAGGACCAGGUGGUGGAGGCGAGGUCCGAAUUGGUUACCCUUCUAGACUGUCUGCUGAGCCGCAGCCGUGGUAAUUCUCUCCAGCCUCUCGACACCGUGAUUGAUAUACCGAGCUCCUUCUCCUCUCCCUUGUCUCUGGUUGGUUUCUAAUCAGGCCAUCUUGUUUCUUCUCUACUUAUCUCCUAUCGACUUUAAUGUGACUUGGUGAAAGCAAGCAAGUACUUCUUGUCGUUCAAUCCCAUCCCGAUAUACACCACCACCACCACCACCACCACCAACAACAACCUAAAUCACAGCCGCCAUCAUGCCUGCCAAGCAAAAGUCCCCCGUCUACGUCCUCGGCGUGGGCAUGACCAAGUUCAUCAAGCCCCGCGGCAAGGUCGACUACACGGAGCUCGGCUUCGAGGCCGGCGUCAAGGCCAUGCUGGACGCCCAGAUCAACUACGACGACGUCGAGCAGGGCGUCGCCUGCUUCUGCUACGGCGACAGCACCUGCGGCCAGCGCGUCUUCUACCAGUUCGGCAUGACCGGGAUCCCCAUUUACAACGUCAACAACAACUGCUCUACCGGCAGCACCGGCCUGGCCAUGGGCCGCAGCUUCAUCGCCCACGGCGCCGCCGACUGCGUCAUGGUCGUCGGCUUUGAGAAGAUGAUGCCCGGUAGCUUGCAGACCUUCUUCAACGACCGAGAGAACCCCACCGGGACUACGGUCAAGAUGAUGGCUGAGACCAGGGGCAUAACGAAGGCUCCCAGCGCUGCUCAGAUGUUUGGCAACGCCGGCCGCGAAUAUAUUGAGAAGUACGGCGCCAAGCCCGAGGACUUUGCUGAGAUUGCCCGCGUCAACCACGCCCACUCCCCCAAGAACCCCUACUCGCAGUUCCAGCAAGUCUACACGCGGGAGCAAAUCUCAGAUGCCGCCAUGAUCCACGAGCCCCUGACGAAGCUGCAGUGCUGCCCGACCUCGGACGGUGGCGCCGCCGCCGUCCUGGUCUCGCAGGCCUUCCUCGACGCUCGCCCUCACCUCAAGGAGCAGGCUGUCCUGAUCGCCGGUCAGUGCCUGGCGACCGACGCUCCCAGCCUCUUCUCCCGCAGCGCCAUCGACCUGAUGGGCUACGAGAUGACCCAGAACGCCGUCCGCGUGGCAACCGAGGAGGCAGGCAUCUCGGCUCGCGACGUGCAGGUCGUCGAGCUGCACGACUGCUUCAGCGCCAACGAGAUGGUAGCGCUGGACGCCCUCGGCCUCUGCGACAAGGGCAAGGCGCACGAGCUGGUGCGCGCCGGCGACAUCACGUACGGCGGCAAGUACGUCGUCAACCCAUCAGGCGGCCUCAUCUCCAAGGGCCACCCGCUGGGCGCGACGGGCAUCGCGCAGUGCGCCGAGCUGGUCUGGCACCUGCGCGGCUGGGCCAACAACCGCGCCGUCCCCAACACGCAGUACUGCCUGCAGCACAACCUGGGCCUCGGCGGCGCCGUCGUCGUGACGGUCUACAAGCGGGCGGACGGCAAGACGGCGCCGGCCGUCAACUCGACCACGGUCGGCCAGCGCAACAAGCUGGGCUACAACCCGGCCGUCGAGGCGCGCGGCUUCACCAAGCAGCAGGCCGACGCCGUGCGGAGCAAGACGCAACGGAGCGACUGGGCGCUGCAGGAUACGCAGACCAAGGUUGAGGCGAGGUUCUAGGCGAAGCUCGUGUGUAGAUGGUGUCAUGACAGGGUUGAGGAAGAAUCGAGCAUACUCGAACAUGUCAAAAGAAAUAUUAUGCCCAUGGGAUGGGAUUUAGCUAGUAUUUACAGCAUGUACAAUUUGAAUUGGAAUUUGC